GCCUGGCCGCGCUCAUCAUCACCAUCGCCAUCGUCAUCGUCAUCGGCCCGGGACGGGAGCUGAGCCUCCAUUACCCACUUGGUUCUGGCUUUGAAACUUGCUCAGGGUCAGGGAGGCCAGGGACCCGGUUCCGCCUCAGCUCCUGACCUGCGGGCCCUCCGCCCUCCGGGCCCCACAGAGGGAGCUGCCCCGUUGGAAGAUUGCCUCCCAGGCCUCCCGUGCCCUGAGCGGUGAGCAGGUUGGGAUGGUAUCCAGGGAAGCCCCUGAGCCUGCCCAGUGCCUGUGCCCUUUGCUGCCCGGCCCGAGUGCCAAGGAUGUGCUUCGGAGAAAGCACAAGCGGAAGAGCCGGCAGCACCAGCGGUUCAUGGCCCGGAAGGCCCUGCUGCAGGAGCAGGGGCUGCAGAUCUCGCCCCCGGAGCCAGCAUCCUCCCCACCGCCCGUGCCAUCGGAGGCACCGCCAGGCACCGAGGCCGCCAGCCGUGGGAGGCAGGCUCGCAGGGCUGACUCUGGAGGUGCCCCCUGCGACAGAAAGCCCUCCCCCCGGGAAUCGGCAGGGCCCUUGCCUAGCAGAUGCGUGGCUAUCGACUGCGAGAUGGUGGGCACGGGACCCUGCGGGCGGGUGAGCGAGCUGGCCCGCUGCUCCGUGGUGAGUUACCAUGGCGACGUCCUCUACGACAAGUACAUCCGGCCUGAGAUGCCCAUCGUGGACUACCGCACUCGCUGGAGCGGCAUCACCCGGCAGCACAUGCGCAAGGCCAUCCCCUUCCAGGUGGCCCAGAAAGAGAUCCUCAAGCUCCUGAAGGGCAAGGUGGUGGUGGGACACGCCCUGCACAAUGACUUCAGGGCCCUCAAGUACGUCCACCCUCGGAGUCAGACCCGGGACACCACUUACGUCCCCAACCUCCUCAGCCAGCCCAGCCUGCACACCCGGGCCCGGGUCUCACUUAAGGAACUGGCCCUGCAGCUGCUGCACAAGAAAAUCCAGGUGGGCCAGCACGGACACUCGUCCGUGGAAGACGCCGUGACGGCCAUGGAGCUUUACCGGCUGGUGGAAGUGCAGUGGGAGCAGGAGGCCAGCCGCCUCUGGACCCGCCCCGAGGACAGGGAGCCCGACAGCAGCGUGGACGUGGAGCAGUACAUGCAGGACCAGUACUGGCCCGAGGACCUGGGCCCGGGCUCCAGCGGGGGGCAGGGGGAGACGCAGGACAGGAGGGCGUGAGGGAGGAGAGGCUUGGGGUGGCCUCCAGUCAGGAGGGGGGCCAGGAGGGCACUGGGCACAUCACCUGGCCUGAGGGGAUCGUCUGUCCUGACUCCCGUCCCUACAGCACAGCCCUCUUUCCAGGCUGUAGUCACCCCUCAACCCCGUGGUUUUGCUGAUGGCACUUUAUAGACGCCACGAAUGUCAGGUGGACCAGCUACAGGCCCCGUGGGAGCAGGGUCUGUCCCAGGCUGUCACUUCCCGUCCCCGGGAGGAGUGGGGUGCAUGUCCGCUGGGGCUGGGGCUCCGGCAAUGGUGAGCGAGCCCGCCCUCCUUCAGGCACUUUGGUUGAUAAUCACCGUGGUGGCUGGGUUUUCUCCAAAUUUCACCCCCCACCCAUUUCCUUGUUCACUAAGGGGCGAUUUGGGGCACUGGGGUCACUGAAAGCUCAAGUCAUACAGACCUUUGAGCCCCUUCAUUGCUUGUCCCUGUCACUUCGUAGCUUUGAGACCUUAGGCAGCUGUGUGGCUUCACUCUGGAGCCGGUAACAUGGGGACAAUGGUACGACCUACCUCAGGGUGGUUAUGAGGAUGGAAUGCCCGCACGCAUCACGGAGCCCAGCACACGCAGGCCCUGGUCCACGUGAGCGGCUGUUUCCUCUAAAGGAUCAGUUUCAGCCUCUUCAGGGUGACGCCCCCAGUGGCAGGACUUUGGCCUCGCUUGGCUGCUCCAGCAGGUGGGGCAGGGCCCUCCGUGGUGAGGGCAUCACGUGGAGGUUCAGGGUUCUCGCCGCUGUCAGGGCUGGGUGACCCGAGUGUCAUCUGCGUCCCUCUGCUGUGUGCGGAGCUGACGGUGGUUGCUCGUGUGGAUCUGAGCAGAGCCGCAGGGCGGGGAAGGGAGACCCACAGCCACACCACUGUGACCUGGGCUGCAGGAUGAUCCGUCACCAUUUCCUUUCCCGUCUGCAGCGCAGGGAGU